AUGUCGCUCAAACAAGAAAUCGAAACAUGGGUGCAAGCCCUCGAUGCCUAUGACAAUCAAGAAUUCAACGAGUCCCUGCGGUGCUUCGAUCAGAUUGCCGACACAUCAAAGAUCUUGUUCAAUUGUGGAGUGAUAUAUGCAACCCUAGGCGAGCAUCAUAAAGCAGUAGAAUGCUACCAACGUGCUGUCGGCCUAGACCAGUAUCUAGCAAUCGCUUACUUCCAGCAAGGUGUAUCUAAUUUCUUGAUCGGGGACUUUGAAGAAGCGUUAGCCAACUUUAAUGACACCUUGCUGUAUCUGCGAGGAAACACUUCCAUCGACUAUGAACAAUUAGGUCUUCAAUUCCGCCUCUUUUCAUGCGAAGUCCUAUUCAAUCGCGGUCUCUGCUAUAUCUACCUCCGACAAAUGAACCCAGGCAUACAGGACCUCGAGUAUGCAGCCAAGGAAAAGGUUACCCCGGACCACGAUGUGAUUGACGAUGCCAUUCGCGAGAAUGCAGAUGGCUAUACCGUCUUCUCAAUUCCAGUGGGAGUUCUCUAUCGCCCCAACGCAGCCAAAGUCAAGAAUCUCAAGACAAAAGACUACCUAGGCAAGGCUCGAUUAGUUGCCGCAUCGGACCGCAACCAAUCAUCAGACCACCAAUGGAAUCCAAUGCCCGUCGAUAAAGAAGCCCUCCAAGGACGCGAAGGCGUCUCCUUCGCCGCAUCCCACCUAGUCCGCCAAAACCUCAGCAGUCGCACCCGCCAACAAUCCGAGCCACCCCUGAACCGCAACGUAUUCCCCCCAACACCACCACCAGACGACAGAUCCGUCAGCACAGCAUCCGGAUCAGGAUCAGCAUCCGGCCACCACCGAACAUCAUCUCUCCGAACCGUCCGUCCACCACGUCUCGACCUAGAUCGCGCAGGCGCCAGUCUAGACCGCCGACCCUGUCCCCCAGAACAACCAUCCACCGAGAAGCCCCGGAUAGGAACUACGCGAACAGCCUCCGAGCCGCGCGGACCAUCCUCACGACAGAACAGCACGCGCGGAUACACACCAGAAAGCAGCAGUCGAGGCAGCUCGUCCCGCGAACAAGCCGGCCACCGCAGAAAUCUCAGUGACAUAAACCCAAAGACAAAUUACGCACCGGAACCAGACUACGGCCACACAGAGCCGUACUCAAGCCAGCGCAAUCUAGCAAACGCAGGCUGGGGCCGCGGAUCCCGCCACCAACCACCCCAAUACAUCGACGAAGCAGAAGAGUAUAACAGCGACGCAUACGACGCGACAACCCUCAAUGACGGCGCUUUCGAGCUCGUCGCUGCUCCACCGGCUGGACCGAGCCAGUCAGCGCAACAACGCCGUACUCGUUCUCCGACACGGUACUCCCGUCAUGCGAAUCCGCGAAGACCGGAGACACAGAAAUUUAGAGUUAAAGUACACGCUCCUGAUGAUACGAGGUAUAUCAUGAUCGGGCCGACGAUUGAGUUUGGGGAAUUUGAGAACCGGAUUCGGGAGAAGUUCGGGUUCAAGUGUCCUCUGAAGAUGAAGGUGCAGGAUGAUGGGGAUAUGAUUACCAUGGUCGACCAGGAAGAUCUGGAUUUGCUAGUUAGUUCGGCGAAGGAGGUUGCUCGACGGGAGGGAAGUGAGAUGGGGAAGAUCGAGAUAUGGGUGGAAGAGCGUUCGAUGAUUUGA